AUGGACGCCAUCAAAGUCCAUAACUCCCUGAAGCCGGGAGCUCCAGUCCCCUUCGUUCCUAUCCAGGAGGGGAAGGUGUCCUGGUAUGCCUGCGGACCGACGGUCUACGACCAGAGCCAUCUCGGCCAUGGGCGCAACUACGUGUCCACCGACAUCAUCCGCCGCAUCCUCCUACACUAUUUCGGCUUCAAGGUCAAUUUUGUUAUGAACUUUACAGACGUCGACGACAAGAUUAUAAUAAAAGCCCGACGGCAACGACUACUAGACCUCGAGAAGCAGAAGGACUACAGCGACGACGAGAUCCUCGAGCUCGGACAGGCUGCUUUCAGAGCGUAUGCGAAAAACAACCUCCCUCAGCUACUCGAGGGCGAGGGCGAGUUAGACGUGAACAAUUACAUCCCCCGGAGAGAUGCCGCUUACGGAAACGUGCUGGCUGGUGGUACUUUGGCGGGCGAGGGUAAGGCGGGCGACGCCGAGGCUAAGCUCAAGAUGCACAUCAGCAACAUGACCUCCGCCGUCAUUGCCAUCAACGGAAACCAGGUGUUUAAGGGUGCGGACGAGAUCUUACUACCAUACUUGGAUUCGUUAUAUAAGGAGACGAUUGACACCAGCGACCAGUCAAUCUUCACCGAUCUGACCCGAUUUAUGGAGGGCGAGUUUACUGAUGAUAUGGAUGCGUUGAACGUGCUUCGGCCUGACGUGGUCACGAGGGUCACCGAGUACGUCCCGCAGAUCGCAAAAUUCGUGGAGAGAGUUGUCGAGAAGGGGUUUGCGUACGAAGCGGAAGGGUCCGUCUAUUUUGACAUCGCGGCAUUCGAGAAGGCCGGCAACACCUAUGCGCGCCUCCGACCAGACAGCCGCAAUGAUAAAGCAUUACAGGAAGAAGGAGAGGGCUCCCUCUCCAAGAGUCUCGGAGGGAAGAGGAACGCGGGCGAUUUUGCGCUCUGGAAAAAGUCUAAGCCGGGUGAGCCGUAUUGGGCGAGCAAAUGGGGCAACGGACGGCCGGGUUGGCACAUCGAAUGCUCCGUGAUGGCAUCCGACGUCCUCGGAUCGCGUAUGGAUAUUCACUCGGGCGGUAUCGACCUUGCCUUCCCCCACCACGACAACGAACUUGCCCAGAGUGAGGCCUACUUCUGUGAGCAUGGGCACGAGCAUACCUGGGUCAAUUACUUCCUGCACAUGGGUCACCUGUCGAUUUCUGGGUCAAAAAUGUCUAAGUCGCUCAAGAAUUUCCAGACCAUCAAGGAUGCCUUGGCGUCUACCUACACAGCUCGGUCGAUGCGCAUAGUAUUCCUACUCGGUAAAUGGAAUGAUGGUGUCGAAAUAUCACCGGAUAUGCGUACUCAAGCCGACACGUGGGAAAGUACAAUCAAUAACUUCUUCACCAACACGAAGUCUCUGUUGAUUGAGGCGUCUGGCACAGUAUCAGCCGUGACUGGCGACGUCAAAGCCCUUUCUAUUGGCGAUGACGAGUCCCAAGAGGGUUUGUGGGCCGAUUUACAACAGGCCAAGAAGGAUGUUGAGGCGGCCUUCACCAACUCCUUUGACACCCCCCAAGCCAUGCGAGCGAUAGCAGAACUCAUUAGAAAAGCCAAUAUCCAUAUCAACGAGCAUAAGGCUGACACUAAUCUCCGCGCCGUUGAAUCCAUCGCUCGGUGGAUAACAAAAAUAGUUGGCAUUCUUGGACUCGAUGCUAAUGCGAGUUAUCCUUACGAGGGCCUCGGCUGGGCUUCCGCGGCCGUUGACGCCAACCUGGACCCCUCGACGGCUGUACAGCCAUACAAGGCGGUUCACAGCGCUGUCUAUGGCGAAGCACGAGCUCUCAACCUACCCACCUCUGAAACUAUCACCAACCUCGUCUCUCAGUCGCCCGACCCGGAAUUUGACGCCUUGGUCGACUCCGGGGUCAGGGAUCCCGAGCAACUUGCCCUGCCGUACAUACGGGCAGUAUCAAAGCUGCGCGACGAGCUGCGGCGACUAGUACCGGCAACGUCAUCGGAGACGAAGAAGUCAAUUCUCUCUCUUAGCGACCGCAUACGUGACUUCGACCUCACGAACCUGGGGGUUUAUCUGGAAGAUCGAGCCGACGGGCAGCCAUCACUGAUCAAAUUCGUCCCGGCGGCGGAGCUGAUCGCGGCUAGGGAGGAAAAGGCGACUAAAGAAGCAGAGAAAGCACGCGCGAAAGAGGAGGCAAGACUGGCUAGGGAGAAGGCCGAGGAGGAGAAAUGGGAGAAGGCGAAGCUAGCGCCGGAGGAUAUGUUCAAGAGCGAUGAGCGAUUCGGGGAGUGGGACGCCGAUGGGCUGCCGACCAAGCUGAAGGACGGCGGCGAGGUGCCGAAGAGCCAGGCGAAGAAGCUCAAGAAGGACUGGGAUAGGCAGAAGAAGGCGCACGGAGAGUACCUAGCCAAGUUUGGAGGGGGUGUGGCGUAG